GCGAUGUUGUCGCUCUCACCUUCCCCAAUACAGUCGAGUUUGUGAUAAUGUUUCUGGCAACUAUUCGGGUUAGGGCUACCGCUGCCCCACUGAAUUCGGCUUACACGGCAGAGGAGUUCGAGUUUUAUUUUUCCGACUCCGAGUCGAAGCUGUUGUUGAUUCCGAAAGAAGGAAACGAGGCGGCUCAAGCGGCUUCCGCCAAGCUCAAUAUUCCAGCCGUUACAGCUACACUUCCAGGCGCUGAAUCGGAGAUCACUCUCUCUCCGGCUGUUCCAGAUUCUAAUCCGGAUUCGAUCUCGAAUCUGAUUAACGAUCCGUCUGACGUUUCACUGUUUUUACAUACAUCCGGCACCACCAGCCGCCCCAAGGGCGUUCCAUUGACUCAGUCUAACCUAGCUUCUUCAGUGAGCAAUAUUAAAUCGGUUUACAAACUCACCGAGUCAGACUCAACCGUAAUCGUUUUGCCUCUGUUUCACGUUCACGGCUUGAUUGCCGGGUUGUUGAGCUCGAUAGUAGCCGGUGGGUCUGUGACGCUCCCAGCCACUGGGAGGUUCUCGGCAUCGACUUUUUGGCCAGACAUGAACAAGUCCAACGCCACUUGGUACACGGCCGUGCCGACUAUACACCAAAUCAUUUUGGAGCGCCACCUCAACAAACCCGAACCCAUUUACCCGAAGCUCCGGUUCAUCCGGAGCUGUAGUGCUGCCCUGGCACCGUCAAUAUUGAACCGGCUAGAAGAAGCGUUUGGGGCGCCUGUUCUGGAGGCGUACGCAAUGACGGAGGCGACCCAUUUGAUGGCAUCGAACCCGUUGCCCGAAGAUGGGCCUCACGUGCCCGGAUCCGUCGGGAAACCCGUGGGUCAAGAGAUGGCAAUACUCGAUGAGAAUGGCGUGGUACAGGAGGCUGGGACUACCGGCGAAAUCUGCAUUAGAGGAUCAAAUGUGACUAAGGGGUACAAAAACAACCCAGAAGCCAAUAAGUCAGCUUUCGAAUUCGGGUGGUUUCAUACGGGAGAUCUUGGAUACAUUGGUUCUGAAGGGUAUUUACAUCUUGUCGGCAGGAUUAAAGAGAUGAUCAACCGUGGAGGGGAGAAAAUAUCACCCAUUGAAGUAGAUGCUGUGCUGGUAUCCCACCCAGACGUUGCUCAAGCGGUAGCUUUUGGAGUCCCAGAUGACAAGUAUGGCGAAGAGAUAAACUGUGCAAUUAUUCCAAAUGAAGGAGCAAACAUUAAUGAGGAGGAAGUGUUGAAAUUCUGCAAGAGGUAUCUGGCAGCCUUCAAGGUUCCAAAGAAGGUGUUCUUAACUGAUACUCUGCCUAAAACUGCCACAGGCAAAAUCUUGAGAAGACUAGUGGCAGAGCAUUUCCUUGCACAAAUCUCCCUUGCUAAGCUCCCCAAGAUUGGUGCCUAAGAAUGUCUUCUUUGCCCCUCACCACCCAACAAAACAGGUGGUUGGGGCAAAAUAUCGCCAUUAUGUACCCUUGCUAUUUAUGUUAGACAAAUUAUUUCAUAAAACAAAACUGAAGGAAGUUAAUAUCCUUGUACCAGUUACCAUAUGGCGAAUCUGUAAUGUAACAUCAUAUUUUUUAAUAAUAAUUGCU